AUGGAUAUCUGCCAACAAGCCGAUAGCGUCUACAAUGACAGGACGCCCGCGGAUGUGGUCGCAUACCAAAUACCACCAUUCCUGGUCCCAGCUCACAGCGCCGCCGUGGUUGUCAUACCUGACGAGGUGUCCGGCGGCUUGCGCCAAUAUGGAUGGUUCACUGGAGCUUGCUGUCGAAUCCGAUAUCAUGACAUGAUCGCUAUCCGUGACCUUGCCGCGGCACAGAAUCUAUCUCCUACGCUCAAAGAGGCCAUGCUCAGAUACUUGAGCGAAGCCUGCGGUAACGAGCAUCCUCAGGUCGACAUGGAGAAAAUGCGAAUCGGGGCCUCCAUGCUAUCGUACUACACACGGAUCGGAGCCGAGGAUCAGAUCUUCUGGCUGAGACAUGAUGCUGAGGUGCGACGGGGACAUUUGACAACGUUCUACUGCAACAGAAUUGACUUCAAUGACGCCUCGGCACCUGACUGGCUUUAUGCUCACACGGGACGGACUUGGGAGAUCGAAGAUGCGGCACUUCGCAAAUUGCUCGAGAUCAACCUACAACAGGUGAAGCAUGAUCGGGAUGUCAUGGUCGGAGUUUUCGCGCUUCUGCCCAAAGACAAGGCCGCGAAGAUUGCAGAACUUUGCAGAAUCGACGUGCCAACUCAGGAGGAUGUGAACAGUCUUCCGCAGGCUCAAGUGCAGAAUGUCCCGACAGCGGCUCGUCAGCCUUUGGCUCCAGUCUCAGCAAACGUGCAAAUACAUGCUCCAGUGGAACGAACAGCACCAUCCCUCAAAAGGAAGCGUCAGGACGCUGCGCCCAAAAAGAUGUCUGAGGUUGUGGACCUACUUGAGGAGUCCGAGGAUGAAGAUGCCCUUCAGAAUCAGGUCGACGCUCUGCAGGCUAAGAUUGCGGCAAUUCGCCAACGAACUGCUCAUGAGGAUCGAACCAUGCCCAGUAAGAAGUCCCAGAGCACUCGCAAGCCGGUGGCUCCAGGACGCAAUGCUCCAACCACCACUGCCACAGCUGGUCCAGCGGUGAAGACUGUUCUUCGAGUAGCUGAACAGCAGAGUGCUGCUACGACUCCUCCGAAUCCAGUGGAUCCGUUUCUACCGCCUCCCAGCUCUCAGAACAGACCUUCCGCUCCCACUACUCAUACAAGUGCUACGGGAAUUCAAGCCAAUGAGAUGCUAGUGCCAGUUGUUGCGUCCGCCCGUGAAGACCAGAGACGACUAAGGGAACCUUUGCUUACCACCGUUGCCAGCAAAAGGACACAGACGACUUGGCCAGUGGCCGGAGAUGCCAUUCCGAUCUCCAAGCAGCAGACUCCGGCUGCAAAGAUCUUGAAGACAAUUGCAUCGUCCGCCCAGCCACGAAACUUCCAGCAUGGUGCUACUACUCGUGGUGACCUGACACCAGCUGCCACCCCUCGCUCUGUGAUGUAUACGAACCAGUCGUAA